GUUGCAUAAAUAAAACACUAUUGAGCAACCACUGGAGCUGAAUAACAGAACGGCAGGAGUAGGGAUUUUCGGAGAGAUUUUAUAUUCCGGUAGCAGCAAACGGAAAAGUAGUGUUACGUGAGGUCAUACGGAGGCAGCACAGUUUAAAAUCCCGACAAAACGGUUGUUCAGAUAAAAUUCUACCCAAUCAAUUAUUGGAGCUAGAGCCACACGAGCAAGUAGGAAUUUAGAUGUUAUUUGGGAGUCUGAAAAACGACAACUAGAAAAGCAGCUUGUUCCACAUAAAAUAAUAUGGAGUAAGAUUUAUAUUUUUUUUAAAGCAAUAAAUUUUUCAGUCAGACAGUAACCAAAGCCUGAUUCGAUAUGAGAAAAAUUGAUUUUUGAUUGAACCGUUUUAAAGAAUAUGACAUUCCAUGGAUGACUGCUGGUAGAAAAAAUUAAGGUUUGCGCUGAACGCAUUCAAAAUUAAUUAGCAAUUUUCUUUUCCCUGCGUUGGUCAUCGUCACAGAACAUUCAUCCAAGAUAAUGGGUUUUUUCGAUGAAUUCAGGGAAGCCAUGUAUGAUGGAGAUCCCACUAUUCGGGAAUGGUUUCUGAUAAAAAGCGACUUCUGGCCGCCUUUUCUCAGCUUCAUGUACCUGCUGACCAUCAAGGUGAUUGGACCGUACUUCAUGAAAAACCGAAAACCUUAUGACCUUAGGAAAAUAAUGGCUUUAUACAAUCUUUUUCUGGUAGUUACUUACCUAGCAGCUCUUUGUACGUUUUUCUAUAACCUGAAAGAUUUGGACACAAUAAAGCUGUGUGAAAUUUCCCGCGUUAGUAGGCAAGAUGCAACUUAUACGCUGGCAACGUGCGGUUGGGUCGUCUACCUUUUGAAAUACAUCGAAUUCUUUGACACGAUAUUUUUUGUGCUCAGGAAGAAGGACCACAUGAUCACGAACCUUCACGUCAUUCACCACGGCAGUCUUCCUCUUUGCGGAUGGAUGCUGUUCCGAACGGAAAGAACUGGUAUCCAGGGAUUUCCAACAAUGCUCAAUUCCAUGGUUCACACCAUUAUGUAUUUCUACUAUUUUCUCGCUGCCUUGGGACCCAGAAUCAGAAUGUACUUAUGGUGGAAAAGAUACCUCACAAUUCUCCAAAUGACUCAGUUCAUCAUAAUCUUCAUUUUUGCGACUGUGAUAACACCACUUGCAGGAUGCAGCUCAAGAAAGAGUAGUGUCUAUAUCCAUAUUUUUACUGCUGUUGUGUUCUUUAUCCUGUUUUACAAUUUCUACCGUCACUCAUUCAAGCCAACAAAAUCUCACCAGAAUUCGAAUUUCGAAAAGGGAAAAGAAUGAAGACAAGUGUUCCAAUGGCCAGGUCAUGAACGGUCACGCAACAAAGAUUAAGUCCAACUAGAACUCAAUUAACACAUCAUACUUAUUGAAACGGUGCUUAUUUUGUAUAUGUUGCCUUUGAAAUAAUUGACUUUUCUGAAGCCUGUACUUUUCUGAUGGAAUACGAUUCCUUUACUUUAUACUCAUAAUGUACUAGACAUCUCACAACCUUUGCCAAAUGAAUUUUUAAUACUUAAAAUAUUGUAAAGCAUAAUAAUAACGCUUUACAAUAUUUGUAAAGUUGCAACAAAGUUUCUAGUUGUCCAUUGUACAACAGAUAUCUUUUGUCCAAAAAAGCAAGGCCUAUUAAAAUCUUGUCUCCUUAUGAAGUUCUUAUCAAAUUCGUGUAAGGCACGGAUUCCUAGCUAACGUUACGCAGAUGAACCAGAUCAGAGUUAGGCCAUUCUUCUCAAAGGAUAUGUACUUCAUAAGAUGUCCAAUCGAGUGAAUGAUAAAUGCAUGUGUCUGUAUUUUUAUUCUGUUAUAAUUUUAGGAAAAUUGUUAGCAUAUAAUGUUUUUUGUGUUGUCUGUAAGAAUGUAUAUAUAUGUUUAACGUAUAUUGCACAAAAAAAAAAAAAAAAAAAAAAAAAAAAAAAAAAAAAAAAAAAAAAAAAAAA